AUGCUCACCGUCUUGCAGGAAGAUGUCAACCGUCGGAAGCUAAGCCAGCUUUGCGCACCCAGUGAGGCCGAUCUGCAGUCCAAGCUGAAGGAGAUGAAGAAGGUGGAGACCAAAGAGGACCACGCCUUGGACACAAAGAUGCUGGAAAACUUGGAGAAGGUCUUCGCCAACUGUGGGGGAAAUGAGCAGAGCCGGCUCCGUGAACUGCUGAGGCAGCAACUGCUGAAGAUCAGUGGCUAUGCAGAACUCCAAGCCCAGACCAUUGGUGGCGAGAUUCGGUACAUGCUGCAGAGGCCGAACCACAUCUGCAAGGACCGGAUCAAAGUCCUCGUGGAGGAUUACAUCGAACUCUUUCGCUUUUGGAACUUGAACCAAGAAGGCUUUCGAAAGAUCUGCAAAAAGAUGGACAAGAAAUGCCAGGAUGGGUUCUCGAAGUGGUUCUUGCCCAUGGUGGAGACCUGUGACUUCAGGUCGAAGGAUUGGGAUUUAUCCCUGCUCUUUCUGGGCCAAGUCCAUGACUCUGUGUCCAGAGAGCACUUGGAAGGCGAAGUGCUGUACCAGGUGAUCCUCAUACCUGCAGAAGAGGUCAUGAUCGCUAAGGUGAUCCUGGGGGCCAUGUGUUUGGCCCCGCCCGAUCCACGCCCAGAGGGGUCCAGGAUGCGAUGGUUUGCGGAGCUUCCCCGCAAGGUGAAACCUUUGACAAACCUUGUGUGGUUCGACUCUGCUGAACUGCCACAGUUCUUGCAGCGAUACCGCCAAAGGAACUGUGACUUGCUAAUGGCUGGCUGUGCGGUGUCGGACUUCCGCUUUCGAUGGGUCGAAGGAGCGGCCGAGGAGGUCUUCCUGGACAUUGUCUAUCAGAACCGAGAGAAGAGCAGCAGUAGGAUGAAGCACAGUGAGGUCGCAGCCUUGUGUAGAAAGCAGGAGCCUUCAGGGCGAAGCGAUCCGGGAGUGGAAGAGAUUCAAGCACUCAUCGAGAGGGACGGCCUGUCACCCAUGGUGAGUUGCAGCUUCCGGCGGACCACCUUCCACUCGGCGAGACACGGCGCACAGGUGCUGACCUGGUCGGACUCACGUGAUUUGCACGGGAAGGAGGAUAGCGCCUUGGCCGUUCUUGACGAGGACAUUGUUUUCAUUGAUGAGUGGAGGGAAAAGAAGCAGUGGUGCCGCAUUCUCGAAGAGGCCGAGUCUCCUAAGCAGGAAGGUCGAGCAUCCCUGGGGUGGGCCUUGCUGCGGUUGAGACGCGGAGUCCCUGUCGCAGUUGCUCAACGGCUGCGGGAACUGGGCAUGGCCCAGGCGCAUUACUUCUCCAAAGCCCUUUGUGGGACAUUGAUUUUUCAGCAGGCAGCUUUGCGGCGCUUGCCAAUUCAUUUGCCGGACUUCUCGAUGCAAACAGUCUUCAGGUUGUCGACAGCAGGCUUUCCAUUGCCAGUGGGAGGUGAACUGGUGGAGCCUUUCGACGACUCGGGAGGGCGCUCUCCCGCGUCUUCAGGAAUCUUCCAGGCAGAGCAAGGUCUUACAUCUUGGGCAGCUUGCCGUGCCUUGCGAUUCCAGGUUUCUCCAUUCACUGAACAGCGACACGGGGAACGAUGA